AUGGCGACAGCCGCGCAGAAGCGCGUCAACCUCGCCGUUUCGCGAGUCAUUCCACCGGUGCUGCUGGGCGCGGUCGUGUACGCGAGCUAUGCAAUUACAAAGCCCCUUUGCAUCGACUACCUGAUCCAUCCCAAACCCUCCUAUAACCGAACCCCCCGAGUCGGCGCCGGUGCCGCGAUCCUCGUGCUCUACUAUCUCCUCUUAAUCCCCAUGCUCCUUACCUAUACACGGCUUCUGUAUCAUGUGGUCUGGAAACCGGGGUAUCUCCCGCUCGGCGCGGAACGCGUGCAGGAGGAGGCCUCCAAGCCAUCAUCCAAACGACAUCGGAGAAAGCGCAGUGUGAAGAAAGCCGAUGAUGCAGAGAAGGAGGCGAGACGGCAAUCAGACCCGGAGCAGGGAUUAGAUCAGAAUGCUGGAGGGAAGGCUUUUCGAUUGGACCCGGACGGGCUGGAAAGCUUUUAUACCAAAGAUGUCUUCGUCUGUCAGGAAGACGGUCGACCACCGUAUUGCUCCUCGUGCUGCCAAUUCAAGACAGAUCGUGCGCACCACUGUCGGGAAGUUGAUCGCUGCGUACGCAAGAUGGAUCAUUUUUGUCCUUGGGUGGGUGGCGUGGUGUCGGAGACAUCGCUGAAAUUCUUCAUCCAGUUUGUCGUGUAUACCUCAUUCUUCUGCAUUCUUACUUUUGUCGUGUCUGUCUACUUCACAGCCGAGCUGCGACGCAAUACCGGAAGCGUCAAUCCACAUUGGUGCGUCUGCAUUGGACUGAGUGGAUUCUUUGGACUGUUCACCUGCGGCAUGACGCUCAGUUCUCUACAACUUGCAUCUUUGAAUCUCACCACGAUUGAGAACAUCAACCGCGGAUCUGUCAUUUGGACGCUCGCCGUCCGCGUCCCAGAACAUCUCCUCGAACGACUAUGGGUCUCCGAGUCCCCCUGGGCACCUCCAUUCCGCAUGGUCUCCUUCCCCCCACAGCCCCCUUCAUCUUCAUCUUCACCCCCAUCAUCCCAAACGCAAACCCGCGCCCAGCCCCUAGAAGUGCCAACCCCAGACCGCCACGUCUUCGCCAUCCUCCAAACCCUGCCCGGCGAAAACCCCUUCGAUCUGGGCAGCGCGUGGAAGAACCUGCGCCAAGUCAUGGGCAACAGCGCGGCAGACUGGCUGCUCCCACUGAAACACAGCCCCUGCGCCGACCACUCCAGCUUGGAAAGCGCCUUUGCCAUGGGGCCUGUGGUGACGCGCCUGAAGCAGGAGGCCGGGCUAGCAGCGGCUCCGCCACCGCCCGUUGAAGACGGGGCUCUGGCUCUGCGGUCUUCGACUUCCUAG